AUGACUGCUAUUAAGAACCAAAUUCUACUCCUAGGCAGUGUUAGUCUCGCCAAAAAGGAAUAUCAAGAACUCUCGGAACUUGCUGAGCUCAUCUCAUACACUUCGUCCAGCCGUGAAGAGUUCAUUGCUGAUUUAAAGACUAAAUAUAAGGAGAUUACUGCUAUCUACAGUACUUUUGCUGGCGAAAAGGCUGUUGGUGGAAUAGACGAGGAAAUUGUUAGCCAUUUCCCUCCAUCUUUGAAGUACAUUUGCCAUAAUGGUGCUGGUUAUGACCUUGUACAGGUCGAAUACCUCACCAAACGUGGCAUUCAACUCUCCAAUACUCCAGAUGCUGUUGCUAAUGCCACUGCCGAUACCGCCGUAUAUCUUAUCUUAUCGGCUUUGCGUAACUUUAGUCGUUUAAGUGAAGAGUUGAGAAAAGGAAACUGGCUUGGUACUGUGCCACUGGCCCGUGAACCCAAAGAUAAAGUCUUAGGAAUCCUCGGUAUGGGAAGUAUUGGCCAUCUCGUUCAUGAGAAGGUGAUUCCUCUUGGAUUUUCAAAAGUCAUCUACUAUAACAGACAUCAACUGCCCAAGGAAAAGGAAAAGGGUGCUGAAUAUGUUACCUUUGAUGAGCUUCUUGCACAAUCUGAUGUCCUCUUCGUUAGCGUUCCUCUUAAUGCUGGAACCAGACAUAUUAUUAACGCUGAGGCACUAGCUAAGGCUAAGGAUGGCGUUGUAGUUGUGAACACAGCUCGUGGUGCUGUUAUUGACGAAGAGGCUUUGGUUCAGGCUCUCGAAUCUGGUAAAGUUUCCAAUGUUGGUCUUGAUGUUUUCGAAUUUGAGCCUAAAAUUCAUCCUGGCUUGCUAGCUAAUCCUAAUGCCGUUCUGCUUCCUCACGUUGGCACUCAUACUGUUGAGUCGCGCACUGAAAUGGAGCUUACUGUUAUUCGUAACAUUCGUUCCGCAUUGACUACUGGUAAAGUGAUUGAUGUUGUCCCAGAGCAACAAAAAAAGUAA